AUAUUGUACAUGUAUAUUGUUAUCUAUAUUGUAGUGUUUUGUGGCCAGGAGGAUCUGGAUCUGGAUAUCACACAUGUGACAUGGGCAUUACAUCCACUAAAGGGUGUGUCCAAAGAGAUCCAGGGGGUUCGCAUGGUUAGCACUGGAUAAUAGUAGUCUUAAGGUCAGCAUGUAAGCUGCAAAGCAUGCAGUAGUGACUAUAGACUAUAGUCUAUACCGAGUUUAAUCUAAAGUAGCGAGCUCUUUUAUCUAUGGGUGCACUGAGCUAGCUCCGCAGAAUCAGGUAGAUCUAGAUCUAUAUUCUAUAGCUAGCUGGCCGGCCAUGAGCAAGAGAAGGAUAAGUGUGAAGCCUAAGUCUCAAUCUAUCUCCUACUUUGAAGUAUCUCCUUCAAAACGUCGUGCUGUGCAUAAAAAGUCUCUCUCUUUGUCUGCUGUGCCAGAAUCCUCUUCUGUUAAUUCUUCCAGGAGUACUAGGUUCCUCUCCAGUGAUAAAAAUGAAGCUGAAGAAGUAGAUGUACAUGGAGCGAGCAGGCCUACUGAUGUUAUCAGUGGCGACUCUCCAGAUGUAUUAAUCAGUAGUGAGUGGCAUGAUCAUGAUCCAGAGAGCUCGGGGCAGGAUGACACCACUUUUCCAGACACGGUGAGCUCAAGUGCUUAUGAGAAGCGACAGCAGAAGGCUGCUGACAACUGGGCUGAAGUGCGUGUCCAGUUGCUACGUGCCAGUGUAGAAACCGGAAUUCCUUCCCCUUGUUCUGUGUGUGCCGAGUGUGAAGAACCCGCUGUUGCAAUUUGCCGGGAUUGUGGACCACAGGCAUACUACUGUGCCAACCAUGUGGACUCAGUGCACUCUCUGACAAAUAUUUUUCAUCGACCUUUUCUCUGGAAAGUAUGCACUAAUCAAACAUACUGCUGUACAUUUUUGUGAUUAUUAAAUGCAUGCGAUCUGAUUUUACAGAAUGGAAUGCUUCACCCAUACUAUUUCAAGCAGUCGAGAACCUUUCCAGCACUUCAUUGUUGCUGUACAACUUACAUAAAAGAAGUUGUUUGUCUUGACCCUAAAGGUUUCCAGCAUUGUGUGUGCGUAACCUUCUGCAAGUGUGAGCCUGAGGCUGUUACUCUUGUGCGGCAUAACAUGUGGUGCGGCAUAACAUGUGGCCAGCGACACCAGCAACUCUCACCCUAGCAUUUUAUCAGGAUCUGCUACUAUGGAUGGAGUGAGUCACUUUUGCUGGAAGGGUGUAUUGGUGUCGAUGCUUUUUGUCGUUCUCUUGAAUACAAAAUUGGAAGAGAUAUCAGCAAACAACUCCGGAAGAUCUAUCCUGUCAUGAUUGAUGCAUUUGAAGAAUAUAGGUUCAACAGAUAUCAACUCGACUGUCUUCUAUUUUUGUCUCCUGACUUGAACACUACAGCUAUCUGCCCUGCCUGUCCUCAGAGCAAUGGAACUCAAAUUAUAUCCAUGGAUGGUGUAUUUGGACUAUGUCGGAAAAAGUCUGCUGGUGUUAGUGUUCGACCACCACUCUUCUCUGGUGUAUUCUUUGAGGAACAGCAAGCAGUAGAUGAGUUUGUUGCUGAUUAUGAUACAUUUGGCCAGAUAAUCGACAAGGGGUGUCAUGAGUUCCUCGCUGGAGACACUUUGCGCUCCAAAUCAAGGUACGCAGCUCUAGAUGAAACUGCCGUGUUUGGAAGCAUCUGUCGUCAUGAGUUUCCCGAGAGAUUUCUGAAUAUGAAGCAUGGAGAAAGACUAGCAUAUACUGUGUACCUGCUAAAGAAGGCACACCAAAACAAGGGUGACAAGUGUCUGUUGUUACUGUAUGAUAUUGCCUGCUUACUCGAAACUCAUCUGAAGAAUCGUGGACAUCUUGACAUGUUAGAAAAGACAUCAUUAGGAGUGCCAAUUUUUCAUGUCUAUGGGCAUUGUGAUUGUGCAUUCUGUCAGCUGACAUAUUCACCUAGAGUCCUAACUGGAUGCGGACUUACUGAUGGUGAAGCUAUGGAGAGACUGUGGUCAUAUGUAAGAAGAUUUGCUAAAUCCACCAAAGAAAUGCGACCAUCUCAUCGCAUUGAUGUCCUUACCUCAGCUCUAUUACAUUAUGCAUCAAGAGUACGUCUUAAUCUAGGGGCAUCGUUAGUCAAAAGGCUGAAGAACGCCCAAAACACUCAACAUAGUGCAACAGAGGACUUAUCAAAGCUAAUCAAUGAGUCAAAUGGUACACUGACGGAGUCAUCAGCUAAACAAUUGCAGAAACAACAACACGGGCUGUUCGCAAGGAGUCAAACUGAUCUGAGUUUCGGGCAACGUCACAAAACCUUUCAGAACAUCCUUCAUAUUGCUCGCGAGCGUAGGUUUUUAAUAUCUACCAAAGCGAGAUACGCUGAUGGUCAAUCGAUUGCUGCACGCGCACGCCUUGCAAAGAAGAUAUCAUCAAGUACGAGUACGCUGAAACGAACAGUGAGCAGAUUUAAUGGUAUGCGUCAUGAUCAAUUUGAAGAAGUAGCAUACCAUCUGCCAGCCAAUUUGAAUUGGGAGACAGUUUCCAAUUUGGAAGAAUUGUCUACGUUGGAGGUCGCGUCCGCUGGAAAUUGUACCAUUCCCAUUCAACCAUUCCCAUUCAACCAUUCCCAUUCAUUUGUGGAUAAAAGUUGUGAGAGCAUGUAAUAUGAAGGAAAGGGCAACGGAAGAAGUGAAGAUGAUAAUGGAAGAAAUUAAUACUGUUGCCAACAACCUGAAAUACGAGCAUUCCGUAAUAAGUCGUCAUAUACAGGAUAUCGCCACAUCUGAUAGUCUGUCUCUGUUUCAGAAAGGUUGCCUUAACCUUUUGCACCGAAGAUUAUUACUUUGCGAAUCUUAUUUAAUUACGUUUUCCAGAACAGUUAACCAGUAUCAUAUUGUAGAGCUACCUGAUACGAGCUUAUUAGGUCCAGAUGGUUCAUUUUUUUACAAUUGUCAAAUUCAUGAACAUGAUUACCCUUCCGUUACUGAUAUUAUUUGUACAGACAGUAGUAGUGAUGAUGAUUCUGACGUGGACAAUUGAACACUUAUCUUUUUUAUGUACUUUAAUUAAUAAUUUAUUAAUCACACUAGCUAUAGGCAGUCAUUAUUUCUUAAACAUCAAUGCCUUUUAUAAAUUGAAGUCAAG